GAACUCAAAGCUAUUUCUGUUUAUUCAUUAAUAUAUCUUUGAUCAAUCUAUUUACUUUUCUCUCAUCGCCCCCCACUUUUUUUGUUGAAUAGCAGUCCAGAAUGAAGCUAUUUGCCGUUUUGUUUGUGACCCUUCUUAUUGUGACAUCGACGUCAGGAAGUUGUACGUUGUCAAAAGCAGGCAGAUGUGUGAAGGAUUUCGGUCGAAACAGCCAUAGAGCCAUGGGCAACAGAAAAGCCUUAUGCCAAGUGGUCAACAAACGGCGCCUACCAGCAUCAUGUACGUCCUACCACAUCAACCCAAAAUUUUGCCUCGAGCUUAUCGUCCAGCGCACCUUAUCCAAUCAGCUGGUCAUGAAGUGGUGGUUUCACAAACGCAGUGAUGCUUGGCCAAUGCCGAAAGAUCAGACUCCUGGCUGGAGAGCAGCGCAAGAAUUUGGUGCCUGUAUUCGAAGUCUUGGAGAAUGUGAGGGAAGUGCUAAACAUAUUGUUGAUAAAGUGAUUAAAAAGAUUAUAAAUUCCGGCUGUUCAUUGGGAAAUGAAUCUAAUUUCCCAAAAGCAUCGAUGAUGUCCGUUUUCCUUCCGGCCCUUGUACUGGGAACUUUCAUGCAAACCCACGGAUCUGCUUGAAUAGUAAUAAAGAGGGAACAUCCCGUCCUUAUGACCAAUGAAGUGAAUGCUUAAAUGCUA